CCUUGGUUUUUCACCUAUAAAUACCAACACACUCUCUCAGGGUGAAACCAUAAUUUGACAUUCAAACGUCACAGAUUUAGCACUUUAGUCUUAUUACUGAUAUUUGUUCUGCUGAUUCCCAACAAUAUGGAGGGUCACCAUGCUGAGGGAGAUCACAACAAGACAGUGGAAACAACAGAUCGUGGUAUGUUCGAUUUCUUGAAGAAGAAAGAUGAGGAUGUGGCCAUGGCAGAUGCCCACAAGCCAGACAAUGCGAAGGAUGAGGAGAAGGCAAAGGAAAAACUCCACCGUGCUGAUAGCAACUCUAGCUUAUCUAGUGAUGAAGAAGAAGGGGAAGAUGGUGAGAAGAAAGAGAAUAAGAGAGGAUUGAAGGACAAGAUCAAAGAAAAGAUAUCUGGCGACAAAGAGGCAAUGGAGCAUAAAGACACAUCAAUCCCAACUGAGAAUCCAGAGGAGAAAGGCUUUCUAGAUAAGAUAAAAGAGAAACUUCCUGGUCAGAACAAGAAACCAGACGAUAAUGCCUCGGAUGGGCAUCCUGCUGAAGGUGAGCCAAAGGAGAAAGGAAUCUUGGAGAAGAUCAAGGAAAAGAUUCCCGGGUACCAUGGACACAAGACUGAAGAGGACAAGGGCAAGGAAAAUUGAAGUUAAAACUAGCCAAUAAAACUGUACCUUGGAUGUUGUCUUUGUGCUUGCAUUGUGUUUACGAGCUCCCUACAAGUGUUUCUUGUGCUUUGGGAGUCUUUGUUUCGUAUUCUUGUGUUGCAUCAGUCAUUUGAUAUUUCCUUCCUAAUGUCUAGUAAUGUAAUAGUAGUUGUCUUCGAAGCCUUCACUUGGUGAAGGGUUA